CUUCUAUUUUGCUCUCGUCACCGUUUUUGCAUGUCAGAAAAUUACUGUUUGGUAUCGGCCACGUAUUCUUGUUAAGAGUAGCACGUAUAUAAUCGACAAUGCCUGCUCCUGCUAGUGCAACGUCUGUGGGUGCUGGUAGUAGGUCGCCGAAAUCCAUGGCCCCUAGAGCUGGAUCCGGUUCAACUGUGAAACAGAGGAAGACUGGUGGUACUAGUGCCAGUAGUAGAUCCAGGGCGUCUGGAUCCAACAGUGUUGGCAUGUGGAGGUUUUAUACUGAUGACUCUCCUGGAAUUAAAGUUGGUCCAGUUCCAGUGCUGGUUAUGAGUCUGCUGUUCAUUGCAUCAGUGUUCAUGUUGCACAUAUGGGGAAAAUACACUAGAGGUUAAAAAUGCUUCAAUAAAUUAAAAAUUCCAAAAUACCAUCUCUGGGACUGUAUUUUCAUUCAUUCCAAAAUAGAUUGAAGUAAUUUUUUAUGAAUUUUUAUACAAACAUUCAAUAAAAUAUUGAUAUGUA